AACCAUUCGGAGACGGAGUCAUUUUCAAGUAUUAAAAAAUAUAGAAAAAAAUAGAGGGAGGUCUCCUCUUUUUGUAUUUUUCCUUUUUCUCCUCUUCCUCUCAUUGCAGACAUUAGCUAUACAAUAUAUAUAGUGAUAUUAUAACCAGGGAGGCAAGAAAAUAGAAAAAUAUUGGCAGGUCUUGGAGGAGAAAGGGGGAGAAGAGAGAGAGAGAGAGAGAGAGGUGGUAUAGAAGGAGAAAGAAAAAGAGGCGAUUGUAGGAGAGGGAGAGUGGUACUGUGGAGAGAAGGAGGAGAAGAAGAAGAAGAGAGAGAUUGAGAGGGAAGAGGGUGACAAGAAAGAUAGAGAUGGUGGAGAGGUGGGAGAAGCUUUCAGUCCCACAGGAAGACAGUGAUGUCUUCAUGGCCUAGCUAGAUACCCUCUUUCACCAGGACAACCUAGGUAACAAACCUAAAACAACCCAAACAACAGCAACACCACCACCACCAGUAGAGAGAGAGAGAGAUAGAGCAAAGGUUGUUAGCAUCGGAGAAGAUCAAAUAAGAAGAAGAAGAAGAAGAAGAAGAAGAAGAAAAAAGAAGUUAGCAACCUAUGAGAAGGACGAUGCUGGCAUGGGAAUAGCAAGGCCAGCGUCACAUCCAACUUGCUGCUCUCUUCUCUGCCCAACUAAGCCUGACAACGGUUUUAGUUCCUUGAGUUCUAUGUCCCAGGGCUUCCAUCAGGGCAUCUUCAGCUUCUCAGAUGGGUUUGAUAGGUCCGGAAGCCAAGACCAACAACAGCAGCAACAUCAUAUCGCGCAGCAAAGCCGGAGGGAAAAGCUGAGGGUUCCGCACGGCUUUGAUCCUGCCGGCCACCCUCUGGUAACUCCGUUAGAAGAAGGAGAAGACCCCGCCAUCUACGAGACAACCGGGGCCGGCAACAUGCUGUCGGAGAUGUUCAAUUUUCCAACACAAGCGCCAUCUGCCACUGAACUUCUGGCUAACCAAAUCCCUGCCAACUUUCGUCUUCCUCAGAGACAGGCUACAAUCAGCGGCUUCGCCGGGGAUUGGUACGGGGCCACACGGCAAGGCAUGGUGAUGGGCAGUAGUAGCAGUGUGAAUCCCUUAGGUGACACAACUCCUAAACACCCGCAUGACAGUAGUCAGCAGUCGCAGCAGCAGCAGCAGCAGCAGCAGCAUGCUCUACCAGGAUUGAAUGCCGACUCGGCAGCGGCCAUGCAGCUGUUUUUGAUGAGCCCACCGACAGGCCAGGCACAACAUACAAGGUCACCCUCACCACCUCCCCCAGCUCCUCAACAAGCUCUCCACCAUCACCAUACUUUCCAGACUGCAUCUUUUGGGGAGACAUCAUUUGGAAGAGGAAUAGUCGAAGGCCAAGGUUUAUCCUUAUCGUUAGCAUCCAAUCUCCAACAGUUUGAGAUGGCCAAGGCUGAGGAGUUAAGAAUGAGAGAUGGGGUGUUGUAUUUCAAUAACCAGCAGCAGCAGCAACAGCAGCCGCAGUCACAACAACAACAACAACAACAGCAGCAGCAGCAGCAAAGCCAUCAUCAACACCACCACACUUCUUCAUUGCACUUGCAAUCCCAUGGUCAGGCGAGUGGUCAUGGGCAUGGUCAACAGGUGCACAUGGGCUACGGUCCGAUGGGGGUAGUGAACGUGCUCAGGAGCUCAAAGUACGCCAGGCCUGCUCAAGAGCUGCUUGAAGAGUUCUGCAGUGUGGGAAGGGGCCAGCUCAAGGGCAGCAGGAUAGGAAGGCAUCACCAUGCUUCUUCAAACCCUAAUAAUCCCAGUUCUAGUGCCGGCGCUGCAGUAGCUGGUGCUGGUGCUUCCUCCUCUUCUUCAAAGGAUGUUCCUCCGCCCUUAUCUCCUGCAGAUAGGUUUGAGCAGCAGAGGAAGAAGGCUAAACUCCUCUCCAUGCUUGAUGAGGUGGACAGAAGGUACAACCAUUACUGUGAUCAGAUGCAAAUGGUGGUCAACUCAUUCGACGCCGUGAUGGGUUUUGGUGCGGCGACACCGUACACUGCCCUCGCUCAGAAGGCCAUGUCCCGCCACUUCCGGUGCCUCAAGGAUGCCAUUGCUGUGCAGCUGAAGCAGACAUGCGAGCUUCUUGGUGAGAAGGAUGGUGGUGGCACGUCAGGCAUCACCAAGGGAGAGACACCGAGGCUUAAGUUACUUGAUCAGAGCUUAAGGCAGCAGAGAGCAUUCCAUCAGAUGGGCAUGAUGGAGCAAGAAGCUUGGAGACCUCAAAGGGGAUUGCCGGAACGUUCUGUCAAUAUCUUGAGAGCAUGGCUCUUUGAGCACUUCCUUCAUCCGUACCCAAGUGAUGCAGACAAACAUUUGUUGGCAAGGCAGACAGGUUUAUCAAGAAAUCAGGUGUCAAACUGGUUCAUAAACGCAAGGGUGAGGUUAUGGAAGCCAAUGGUGGAGGAGAUGUACCAACAAGAAUACAAGGAAGAGGGUGAAGGCAGAGAACAAGGUGAAGGAAGCCACCAAACAGCACAAUCACCAACGCAACAACAUCAACAGCAGCAGCAGCAGCAGCAGCAGCAGCAACAGCAACAGCAUCAGCAUCAGCAUCAGAGAGCUGAAAACAAUGCACCAGAAAACGACUCCUCUCUGGGACCAACCUCCAUCUCCAUGCACCAACGAAACGCAGCAUCCGCGUCUGCAAUGUCCCACCAAUCCAGCACCGACGACGCCAUCCUCGCUGCCACUGAGCCUUUUGUUGGUCCUGACCCUCACGUUGGUGGUCCAGGGGACGACGUGUUCCGCAUGGCUGACUACGGCGUAGCCAGCGCGCUGGGUCCUUCAGCCACGCGCAUGAGGUUCGGUACUGCCGGCGAUGUCUCACUCACUCUCGGCCUUCGGCACACCAGCAACACUUCCUCUGCUCCAGAGACCAACCGGUUUUCCAUCAGAGACUUUGGCGCUUAAUUAUCAUCAUCAUCAUCAUUAUUAUUAUUAUUAUUAGGACGUAAGGAAACCAAGUUCUGAUA